AUGGCACGGCCGUGGCCUACUCCGGCUCUGUACAUGCUGUUUCUUGCUCUCGUUACAGCUGCACUCUGGGCCUGCUUUGCCUUGCAGAAUCCUGCGCAAAGCCUGCGUGUUGUCACAGCCAACUCUUAUGGCGCCAACGAGCGAGACCAUCUCGAGGACGAUGCAGUUGUCCUGGGGGACUACCUGCUUGGAGUAGGGAAAGCAGAUAUCACCGGGCCUGUUGUUGAGAUCAAUUUAAUGGGCUAUGCUGACACAGAUCAAGCGGGGACAGGUCUUCGCCAACGGAUCUAUUGUCGAGCAUUCAUCGUGGGAUGCAUGUCGAAGAACUCCUCACGGAUUGUCUACCUCGUUCUGGACACGCAGUCUGGAGACACUGCCGUGCGUCAUGGCAUUUUGCAGAGGCUCACAGAGAUGGGUCCGGAGUAUCAAGUGUACAACAAGAACAACGUUGCAGUUACGGGCACUCACAGCCACAGCGGGCCUGGGGCUUGGUUAAAUUAUCUGCUGCCCCAAAUCACAAGUUUGGGUUUCAACAAACAAAGCUACGAAGCCAUUGUCAAUGGGUCAGUGUUGGCCAUACAGCGAGCACAUGAGAGCCUCGUACCGGGCUUUCUCAGUUUCGGGCAACAGAUGGUUGUGGACGGAAACAUCAACCGAAGCCCCUAUGCCUAUCUGCAGAAUCCAGAAGACGAGCGAGCCAAGUAUGCCGCCGAUGUCGACAAGAAUAUGACUCUUUUAAGAUUUGAGAGAGCUACUGACGGUCAAUCCUUGGGGUUACUAUCUUGGUUUCCUGUCCAUGGCACAUCACUGUACCAAAACAACACCCUCAUUACUGGUGACAAUAAAGGUGUUGCCGCUUAUCUAACCGAAGAGUCGAUGAAAGAGCACAAUCCAAAUUUCGUUGCAGGCUUCUCCCAGGCCAAUGUUGGGGAUGUAUCGCCAAACACUCUCGGGGCAUUUUGCGAAGACACCGGUCUAGCCUGUUCCUUUAACGAUAGCACAUGCAGCGGUCGCUCUGAGCCUUGCCAUGGCCGUGGGCCGUUCUUCCGCCAAAAUGACCAUGGAGCAAGAUCUUGCUUCGAUAUAGGCAAGCGCCAAAUGACGGCCGCCCGUCAACUCCUAGAUAGCGACAGUCUAGAACGGAUACCGUCCUCCACUAUUUCAUUCUUCCACACCUAUGCCAAUCUCUCCUCCUUCAACUUCAUUUCUCCUUUCAACCAAUCCAGGACUCUCAGGACGUGUUCCGCCGCCUUGGGAUAUAGCUUUCCAGGUGGCACGACCGACGGGCCCGGCCGUUUCGACUUUGCUCAAGGCACAAACGACACAGACGGCGAUUCCCCUGCUCUGAGGAACCCGCUCUGGAGGAUUGCACGAGGAGCCGUUCACCCACCCAGCGAUGAACAAAUCGCCUGUCAAGACCCCAAACCCAUCCUGCUCGAUGUGGGCGAAGCACACGAGCCAUACGCCUGGACACCUAACAUCGUGGACAUUCAACUCCUCCGCAUUGGUCCCUUGAUCAUUAUUGUCUCCCCAGGUGAAGCAACAACUAUGUCCGGCCGUCGGUGGAAAUCGGCAUUAGCAUCCGCUGCUCCCUCGGUCCUCAAGAUCGGCAACCCCAUGGUCGUACUUGGUGGCCCGGCAAACACAUAUGCGCACUAUAUCGCAACAGAAGAGGAAUACUCCGUGCAACGUUACGAAGGUGCCUCGACACUCUACGGCCCCCAUACCCUCGCGGCGUACAUAAAUCUGACUCUUACCCAUCUCCCCUACCUUGGGUCUGAGGACGAGACCUCCAAUCUCGACCGUCUGCCACCCGGACCCUCUCCUCCCAUCAACGUCAAUCGCUCUUUAUCAUUCAUCACUCCUGUUGUAGUCGACCGUGCAGGCUUACUCCGCAGAUUCGGCGACGCUUUGUCUUCUCCUGACCCGGCUAAAGCACACUAUCCAGGCGAAACUGUGUCAGUAAGGUUCGUCGGCGCGAACCCACGCAACAACCUCCGGCUUGAAGGCACAUUCGCCUCGGUCGAGCUCUUCAACAAUACUCUCGCAGAAUGGGUUGCGGUCCGAAGCGAUCGAGAUUGGUUUCUAGUAUACAAAUGGAAGAGGACGAGUACGGCACUGGGCACCAGCGAAGUCACUCUCGAAUGGGAGAUUGAACGGGGGACUGCACCGGGUGUGUACAGGUUCAGGUAUUUUGGGGACGCGAAGUCUUUGACUGGGCAUAUCACAGCCUUUGAAGGGACAAGCGGGGUGUUCAAUAUUGGCGAAGAUAGCCAGGGUGAACUUCUGCGUUAUUGA